AUGUAUGUCGGAAUCGAAAAACUCCUUCGACUGUGGGUCACCGACGGGCUAUUCAGCUUGAAUCCACGUUGCUGCAAGGAUUGCAAAUCAGAAUUCAAAGCAAAUCAGAAACCACAAUCACCUUUAACAUCCAAUGAAGAAAUCGAAAUCCUCAAGGUGAACCCUGCUAAAGACGUUCCGACCUACUACCAACGCUCACGCCUCGACUUGAGCUCUUCACCUAUGAAUCUAUAUUUUAAUAUGACAGGUCUGAUUGCUGGAGCGCAACCAAGGACUAGUUGGAUCAUAUACUCGCGCAAGCCAACAAGCGAAGAACAAAAGACAAUUGACAAUGGAAUUGCCGUUAUUUCUAAGAAGAACCCAAGCGGCGAAAUUCCUUUUGUUUCAGCAGAUGACGUUGAGGGAGUUGAAGACCAGAUAGCAGAACUAUCUGAGACCAAUGUUGUUGAAGAACCGGCACAUGUGGAAUUGAACGAGCGCAAGAAGGCAAGUUUGUUUGUACAGUUAUUGACCUCUUUAGGAACUCAUUCAAACUUGUCUCAAGGCACAGGAGAAAACGGCGAGGAUAACUUGGAUCAAUCUCAAGAACCAAAUGAUGAUAACCAACAUGUUGGAACUGGACACAUAAAUCCUCAUCCAGUGGAUCCAUUAGCGACCAAACCAACUGUUGUACGCUUUUCAAUUAAGCGUUCUGCGCCACAACCUAGCUCACCACCUUCAAAGAAACCUAAGGCCACCAAGAAGGCCAAGAAGGCCAAGUAG